AACAACCCAAAGCCCAAAGGCACCACCGCCUCCAACGCCGCAGCCCCGGCCCCGCCGCCCGCCCGGAGGAGCGCAGCGCAGCUCGGCCAUGGCGCGGUGCUGAGCCCCGCGGGGCCCCGACGGACCAUGAACCUGGUGGGGGGCUACCAGCACCACCACCACCACCACCAUCAUCACAUGCUGCACGAGCCCUUCCUCUUCGGGCCGGCGGCUCGCUGCCACCAGGAGCGCGCUUAUUUCCCCGGCUGGGUGCUGAACCCGGCCGAGGUGACCCCGGAGCUCCACGGGCAGAGCACCGCGUACGGCCCCGCCGAGUUCGGAUCCGGAGGAGCGGGCAGGCUGGAAGCGCUCAGCGGUCGUUUGGGGAGAAGGAAAGGGGUCGGGGGUCCCAAAAAGGAGAGGAGGAGAACGGAGAGCAUCAACAGCGCUUUCGCUGAGCUCCGCGAGUGCAUCCCCAACGUGCCCGCCGACACCAAGCUGUCCAAGAUCAAGACGCUGCGCCUGGCCACCAGCUACAUCGCCUACCUGAUGGAGGUGCUGGCCAGGGACAGCCAGCCCGGAGAGCCCGAGGGCUUCAAGGCCGAGCUCAAGAAGGCCGACAGCCGAGAGAACAAGAGGAAACGGGAGACGCAGCCCGAGGUGUACUCGCAGCCUUUGGCUCACGGCGAGAAGAAGCUGAAGGGCCGCACCGGUUGGCCCCAGCAGGUCUGGGCUCUGGAACUGAACCCCUGAGCCCCGCUCCAUGUGCAAUGCCGUCGGGGAGGAGCGGGGGGGGGCACAGCGGGGCCGGGUGCCGCCGUUCCCCCCCCCCCACCCCCCCCGUCUCCCCGGGCUCCGUCCCCGUUUUGAAGCCAUCCCCGCUCCCCCCGCCGCCCGCAGCCCCCGCCCGAGCCGGGCCGGGUGGGAUCGGUGUUGUUCGUUCGCUGUUGGAAUAGCGGAGAAACCCCGACCGCGGCCGAGAGACUGCGUUGAAACUACCUAAGGUGCCUCCGGGACCGCGCCUGGGCCGGGCGUUCUACCUCAGCUCUGCAUGACCACUUCCCGAGGGACCGGGCGCGCCACACCACGUAUUUAAAACAAAACAAACAAACAAACAAAAAAAAAAACCCCAAAACCGGAAUAAUUAAAAAAAAAUUAAUAACAAUAAAAUUUAAUCUUUAUGCAAACGAUUCCGGGUCCGCCCGCUCCUCCUUCCCCGCCGGCUGCAGAACCGCGGCGUUGGUUGCGGGACGGGGCAGCGGGGCGUUUUUUGCAGUUCCCCGUCCUGCAGCCCCCGCCCGGCGCGUGGUUCUGAGAUGCCCCGCAGCGCUGUGUGCGGGGCGGCACCGCGGGCUCCGUUCCAUCGCAGCGCCGCGGUUCCCAUUCCUCUCCGCACUCGGCAGCUCCCCGCACAGCUCCUCGCAGCGCUAUGGCAGGGCUGAGCCCUCCACAAAACCCCAAACCUCCUCAUUGCAGCCUCUCAGACACGGCUCUUUGGGCUGCUCGGGGCGAAACCAGGAUGGGAACGGCGUAAAUUCAUUGUAGGGUUAAUACGAGGGCUUAGCGGGGAACAUUCUAGCUUCUAUUUCACUAAAGUAAAUCAACAAAGAUGUAACACCUAUAAAUCGCAGAUGUUCCUAUGAGGAUCGCUGGUUUAAGGAUCACGUUGUGCGUGUGCCCGGAUCCGGAUGGCCGCGCUGUGGGUACGGAUGGUGUAAGGAAAGCAGCGGGCUGUGAGAUGCAGCCCCGGCCCCUCCAGCCCCACCGCGGCUGUGCGCCCGAGCAGAGCCAUCCUCCUGCUGCGCUGCUUUGGAUUCGCAUUAUACAAAGUUCCGCGUGGCAUCGGUUCUGUGAGUUAAACA